CAAAACAUUGCCCGCAGCCAAAACGGAGAGUCAAAGGCAGCAGUAAAUCAGUAGAAUUUAUUUAAAAAACGUCCAAAAGAUUGUAGAAUUGAAGUGUUUCACGCGCAACGACAUUAUUAUUUUAAUACCAGCGGAAAUUUUGGGUGAACAGAAAGCAAAAGACACUGGCAAUUUCUUCUUUUUUUAUACAAUUGCUUACUAAUUUCUGUAGUGUACAAGUACGGGAGAUAUACUGUAUUUUUAUUUCAAUAAUCGUGAUAAGAAGAUUUUACGUUAAUUGUAUCUAAACAGGAGCAGAAAACGGCAAAAGCGUUGUCAGCGCUGCUCACGGAAAGCGGCUUCGAACUAUGAGCUCCUCGAAAAAAUAUAAAUACGAAACAGCUACGGAAAUCCAGCAAACGGAUACUGAAAAUUUUAACAAUCGUUUUAGGAAAAACGCUGAUUAUUUUAGUACCGGGCCUUCCACCUCAGCUGCUGCAACGAAAGGACGCACUGCUUUAGGUCAACAAAACACCAACAAUAAAAAUAACAAUAAUACGAUGCAACGGUCCAGUAGUAACAGUAGUAUUACCACUAAUAAUACCAGCAACAGUAACAAUCAGUUUACGCAAAGUGGUGGUGGUGCCGGCAAUGGUAGCGAUGCUAAUGGUGAGCGUCGUUCAAAUUUCUCCAUGUUGGAAGCUUCAAAUGUGAAUGAACAUCGUUCGUCUAUAACUACCUCAUCACAUUUUAAUAAGAUGGGCACUCAAAAUGCCACUAAGCCGGGCGAUGUUAAAAAAAUCGUGAUUAAAAAUUUUAAGGUCAAACCAACACUGCCGGAAAACUAUUCGGAAAGCACCUGUCAAAAAUUAGAAGAAGCUGUUGUGGCCAUACAACUAUCAAAACCUAUUAAAUACAUACUAGAGGAACUGUAUCAGGCUGUGGAGAAUAUGUGCAGUCAUAAAAUGGAUGCUCAAUUAUACACGAAACUAAAAGAUCUUACGGAGGCCCAUGUUAAACGCAAUGUAGAAACAUUUACUGGUGGAAGUAUGGAUAAAUUGGUUUUUUUAAAGAAAAUUAAUAAUUGGUGGUUAUCGUAUUGCCAGCAAAUGAUAAUGAUGCGUAGCAUAUUUCUAUAUCUAGAUCGCACAUAUGUUUUGCAAAAUCCCACAGUUCACUCAAUAUGGGACAUGGGUCUGGAUUUGUUUCGUACCCAUAUAGCUUUGAAUAGUUUAGUGCAAAAACGUACUGUCGAAGGUCUUCUAAUGUUAAUUGAGAAGGAGCGCAAUGGUGAUGCUGUUGAUCGCGCUUUGUUGAAAAGUCUUAUACGGAUGCUAUGUGAUUUACAGAUUUACGUGAGUGCUUUCGAGGAUAAAUUCCUUGUAGCGACAAGGCAAUUGUAUCAAGCUGAAGGCCAACGUAAAAUGCAGGAACUCGAUGUACCCGAAUAUUUACAACAUGUUGAGAAGCGUUUAAACGAAGAGAAUCAACGUCUGCUACACUAUUUGGAUUCAAGCACUAAAUAUCCCCUCAUCUAUACAGUAGAAAAGGAACUAAUAGCCGAGCAUUUAACGCAAAUUCUUCAAAAAGGUUUGGACACACUUUUAGAAGAGAAUAGACUGAGUGAUUUGACUUUGCUAUAUAGUCUGUUAAAUCGUGUUAAAAAUGGCACAGCAGAAUUAUGUGGCAAUUUUAAUGGCUAUAUUAAAAAGAAGGGGCGCACCAUUGUUAUCGAUCCUGAAAAAGAUAAAAAUAUGGUGCAAGAUCUUUUAGAUUUUAAAGAUAAAAUGGAUGUUAUUGUACGCACCUGCUUUGAGCACAAUGAAAAAUUUACUAAUUCAUUACGAGAAGCUUUCGAAUUUUUCAUUAACCAACGAGCCAAUAAACCAGCCGAACUGAUUGCCAAAUAUGUUGAUAUGAAAUUAAGGGCUGGGAAUAAGGAGGCAACUGAAGAGGAAUUGGAACAGAUUUUAGAUAAAAUUAUGGUACUGUUUCGCUUCAUACAUGGUAAAGAUGUGUUCGAAGCAUUCUACAAAAAGGAUUUGGCUAAACGUUUAUUAGUUGGUAAAUCCGCUUCUGUAGACGCCGAGAAGAGCAUGUUAUCGAAACUAAAGCAAGAAUGUGGGGGUGGUUUUACUUCAAAAUUAGAAGGAAUGUUUAAAGAUAUGGAACUAAGUCGUGACAUUAAUAUAGCCUUUAAACAAUACGUUGUGAAUAUGGACGGCGAAGUGACUAGCAUCGAUUUAACGGUUAAUAUAUUAACAAUGGGCUAUUGGCCAACAUAUCCCUUAACGGAAGUGAAUAUGCCAACUCAACUAGUGAAACCACAACAAGUUUUCAAUAAAUUCUAUUUGGCCAAACAUAGCGGUCGCAAACUGCAAUGGCAACCAACGUUGGGUAAUUGUGUGCUUAAAGCUCGUUUCGAUGGGGGACCAAAAGAAUUGCUGGUUUCUUUAUUUCAAGCUUUAGUCCUUUUAUUAUUUAAUGAAAAAGAUAACUUGGCGUUUGAAGAAAUACUUGCAGCAACAAAUAUUGAGGAUGGCGAAUUGCGUCGUACACUGCAGUCACUAGCUUGUGGGCGUGCCCGCGUUAUAUCGAAGGAACCGAAAGGAAGAGAGGUGGAAGACGGUGAUCAAUUCCAUUAUAAUAAUGAAUUCACCAACAAACUAUUUCGCAUUAAAAUCAAUCAAAUACAAAUGAAAGAGACUACGGAAGAGCAGAAAGCUACCGAGGAGCGUGUUUUCCAAGAUCGACAGUAUCAAAUAGAUGCUGCUAUUGUACGAAUUAUGAAAAUGCGUAAAACAUUGAGUCACAAUUUACUCAUAACUGAACUGUUUAAUCAGCUAACAUUUCCUGUUAAGCCCGCUGAUCUUAAAAAACGCAUUGAAUCUCUUAUCGAUCGUGACUACAUGGAACGUGAUAAGGAUAAUCAAAAUCAAUAUAACUAUGUGGCUUAA